AUGAUACGAUGUAGAGAUGAGUUUUGCAAAGAGUCAAUUCCUCGUUUAGACCAAAGACUUUUGGAAAAGCAACUUCACAACUUCUCGUCGGAGGAGAGAAUUGACGCUAAAACGGAGUUGAACGUGGCAUUAAACCAUCUUUCAUAUGCCAUGUUUAUGCUUCACUGUCACGUGCUUGGGCCAUUCUGCGUUCUCGUCUCAUUUGCUGAGGCUCAAGAGUUGUACGUGGAGGAGUGCAAUUGUGAAAUCUAA